UCAGCGAAAGAAAGCCUGGGCAUCCAGACGAUGGCGCCGUUCAAGCGCAUCUCCAUCGCCUUCCUCCUGGCGUUCGCCGUGGUCGCGGCCACGCUGCAGCCGUCGGCGGCGAUCAGAGAAGCCGUGGCCAAAGAAGAUCAAGAAGCCUCGAUGUCCGCAACCGGAGAAGCAUCACAUCCAUCGGCAAGGCCCCGAUUUCCGGGUUUGCCGCUGUUCCCGGCUCUGCCGCCGCUCCCCAGCCUUCCACCAUGGGCACGGCGACGACCGAUUAGGCCGCUUCCACCGAUUCCUUGCAUUCCGGGCCUGCCACGACUCCCGUUCCUGCCUCCGUGCACUCCGGGCUCGCAGCCUUCCCCGAGCGCUCCAACACCGCCGUCGCCGCCGCAGCCAGCUGAGUGCCACACGCCGUUGGCGGGGCUGAUGCCGUGCGCGGACUUCCUCACCAACACCAGCGCGUCGGCGCCUCCGAGCGCGUGCUGCGACGGCCUCAAAUCUGUCGCCAGCGGCGCGCCCAUCUGCAUGUGCCACGUCAUGAACGGCGACUUCGGCAAGCUCCUGCCGGCGCCCAUGCUACGCCUGCGUAUGAUGCAGCUCCCCCGCGUGUGUGGCGCCUCUUUGCCACUUGGCACGCUUCGCCAGUGCAUCAGGGGACCUGUGCCGCCGAUGAACCCUCCGCCAUCGACCCCGACACUUGCAUAAUUUUAAUUAUGCGCGAACUCGUAAGAUGCAGCAAGCGGUUGACAAAUUCCGCAAGGCGGCCGGAGUCGUUGGAUUAGAUGUGGGUUGUAGGUUACUAGCAAGUCAUACAGUGUACCGGUCUUUUACAUAGCAUCAGAAUUGUGUUAGGAAUAAGUUGUUUACAUGCUUAGGUAGUCAUGUAUCUAUAUUUAGAGUUAUAUGUCAUGUCAACUAGGAGGUGUCCUUGCAACCUUUGAUAAUAUACGUUAUUC